GACACUCACACAGAUGAUAGUUUAUUGCUUAAAUUUGAACCAUCUUUUGAAUGAUCUCGUUCAUUUUAUUUAUUGAUAGUUAUUACCUUUAAAUUGUUUGUAUUAUUUUAAUUUUUUUGUUCACUAUGGAACAGUUAGAUAGAGUCCCAUGUAUUCAAGUUAAUUCAACCAAUAUUAUUGCGUGUUGGCCUCAUCUUAUGAAAGCCAUUGAACAGUCACAUUUUUUAGCUAUUGAUUUGGAACUCAGUGGAUUAGGUGACAAAAAGAAACUCAUCUUGAAAGAUAUUGAAGAAAGAUAUAAAGCGAUUGGUGAAGUCGCCAAAACUAGGAGUAUAUUAUCUGUGGGUCUGUCAUUUUUCCGAUAUAACCGUAAAUUGAUUAAUGGCUCUGACCAGACAGAUUGGAGAAACAAAGAUGAGUUCUGUGAUUGGAAUUUCAAAGUUAUUAACUUUGAACUAUUAACUUUGUGCAAUGAAGAAAGUGUGUUGGAAGAUGAGUCAAGAUCAUUUCUUGUUUCCCAUGGAUUCGAUUUUGACGCUCAGACUUCAAUUGGUCUUCAAUACUUGAGAGCAGAUCAGGAAUUGAAUCCUGAUGUUCCUUCAAUUAGAAAUCUUUUCCAUCAAUUGGUCAACAAGAAAGUACCAUUAGUUCUGCAUAAUGGAUUGCUUGAUCUAAUCUUUAUUUAUCACAAUUUUUUAGCCAAUCUUCCACCUAAACUACCUACUUUUGUCGCAGAUCUUGAUAAAUUAUUUCCAAAAGGUAUUUUCGAUACAAAAUAUGUGGCAGAACACAAUUUUAAGUCGAAAGGUUCAUAUUUGGAAUAUUUAUUUUACCAAAGACAACGUCGCAAUCUAGAGAGGAGAGUUGCGAACAAGCCUUUUAUUUCCAUCAGUUUUGGCUCAGAUGAUUCCAUUCGCGAUUUCGUUGUAGAGAGGUCUAUGAAAAGUAUCAUUCUCGGAGAUAAGCCAGAAGGAUUGAAAAUUUGUGAUGACUAUCGACAACAUGGUUGGUGUAAAAAAGGAGCUUCAUGUCAAAAAUCUCAUGACAUAGAUUUCAUCCUGGAUGAUGAAGAUUUUUACAAGGAACCUAGUAAAACUAGGAAAAGGAUUUUAGCUAAAAUGAAUUUAAUAAAUUCGCCUAAAAAUGAUGUGGAAAUGGGCGAAGUCGGUGACUCAAUAGAGAUAAAGGAACAUAUUAAUGGCCAAGUGAAAUCUGGUAUUCAUCGGUCAGGAUAUGACGCUUUUAUGACUGGAUAUUGUUUUGCCACUUUUAUCAAUGAGCUUUCAAAACAGAAACCGGGUAAAAGUGGUAAGCUUAACUUUUCAACCAGUGAAAUGUUGAAACUUAACAACAAAAUAUUUUUGACCGGUAAAAAGGAUCCCCUACAAAUUCGUUAUAGCCAAUAUUCCAAGCCAAGUUCAAACAUCAGCAAGCUAAUUACUGAAACAAUGAGCCCUGAAAUCACCAAGGAAUGCGGUAUCAUCGAUCCAGAGAAAGUUGAUGGUUCAAAUUCAGUUACAUCAGAGGAAAGUAAAUCUCUCAAUUCAAGUGGUAUAUCCGACUGCGAUUUGAUAGUUACUUCAGAAACUGAUGAAAUUUCUGAUUCCUUAGAUGGAACUAAUGGCACGGAAAGUAUUGAUGAAGAACAGUAGAAAAAUGCCGGAUUAAUAUUUUUUCGACCAAACUGGACAUUCGAAUGUUGAUUGUAUUAACUCAUUUCCUCUCACUGUUAUUCUGGAAAACCAAGCACUAUUCACCCGAAUCAUGAUAAAAGCACACUGUUUUAGCUGAUCUGUAAAUUUUCAAUUUUCAAUGCGAUAUUUUUGUUGCUAAUACAAUUCUCAUAAUCACCUAAAUUACAGACUAAAAUAUUCAUCGUUAAAUGUAUACACUUUUACGAGUAACAUUCCCCUUGCAAAUUUUAAAUUUGAACUUCAAAUAACUUAUUUUGUCAUCGCUAGUUUUAGUCCCACUUCACAACCCUUUUAUCUUUUUCAAUUAAUUUCUCUGUCAGUCGAGACUUAACUAUUGAUUGUUUAAACCCAAUAUUACCAAUUCACUUUAUCAAGUAUAAUUUUGGAAGACAUGCUACAGAUAAUGCUACUGUUAUCAAUGCCUGCAGAAUUUCGCUCAAUUAAAGUAAAAUCAUUUACUAUUCA